GACUGCAGCGACAGAAAAGAGAGCUUCUUCUCAUCCUCAUCCACACACGGCCAUAGAAGAAGUGAAGUGAGUGAAAUUUUUUCUCCAGUCAAACCGAGUUACGAGCCAGAAAGACCAGGAAGCUGUCCAGUUUUUAUCCGCGAAAAAAUUCCAGUGAAGAAUCGGUGCUAGUGAUCGGAAAAGUGGUGCAAACAGUAGAUGCCGACCUAACGCAGCGGAAGUGCAUAUCGUCUAGUGGAUUCCGAGGAAUCGUUCUCUGCAUCGCGCUCCUCUGAGAGAUCUAUGAACAAUGUCAUCGAAACGUAAAUCGCCGCCCAACAAGCUCUCGAACGCCGGUUCCCCACCGUCCCCCACGGCGGUCCAGAUCGAGAAAAACAACUUCAGAAAAAUUUCGCUCAAAAAUGAAGACCUCAUCAAGUCGUCCCCGGUCAAAGAGCUGAACUGCGCCUUCGACGCCAGUUUCCUCUCGAUGCAAAAGAUGCAAGCCCAGAUGGAGCCGAAAUAUGUCAAGAACGAACAUAGCGAGUACAUUAUGAAUCACCAUCACGCCCAACAGCAGCACCACCAGCAGCAGCAGCAACAGCAACAUCAUCCGUUCGGAGGUUUCGGGGGAGGCAUUCCGGGUGGGAUGCAUCCGGGACUGAUGAUGGAUGGCGAUUUUCACCAGUUCAAUUUACCGUUUUUGAAUGUGGCAAGCUACAUUUUAAAGGGCUCGGAUCCACCGAUGGGGAAGAAUGACAACUAUCACUUGACGAUGAACUUGGACAAUUUGAACAUCUCCAACAGUCAUCAACAGCAGGAGCCGAUGGCGCAGCAGGCUGCGCCCAGGAAGGUCAACAAUUUGAUUCUGAACCAUUUGAAAUCGAUCGUAGAUAAUUUUGAUAGCUUAAACAACAAUGUCAAUGAUAAAAGUACAACCACUCCACCGCCGCAGCAGCAGUCAACUAUUGAGCCGAACAAAAAUGCAGCCAUUGAUGAAUCCGGUGGACCACCGACAGGUGUUCCGUUGAUGAACAAUCACAACUCGGAGAAGAACAACUACGAGGGUUUUCGCUCGCGGUUGGACGAACGCAUCAGCAAUCUUCAUCUCAGCAAGCGGGAAAUUAAUCUGAUGCGAUUGAACCUUAGCCUACUGGAUUUCCCGAACGAAAUCCCACCGAGUUUGUUGAACAGUCAUAGCCAUAACAACUACGAGCAACGGUCGCCGCAAGGCGGUGAUGAUCUGAACUGCAGCACGUCACAGAACAAUAUGAAUAUCAAGUUGAUUAAAAGAAGCUUCAAGGAGUCCCUGUACGAGAAGGAGAAGAACAUUAACCGGCUCAUCAUGUACUUCACCAUCUGGCGCGAGAUGCUACUGAAGGCGGAGUUUGCCGAGAACAAAAAGUACAAAUUCAACAACACUUCCAAAUCGAACCUGGACCCGUCGCAGAUUCCACCUCCAAGCUCAACGGUCGUCAGCACUCCGUCGCAGCAUGAGUCACCGACAACUGCCACCGGAUCUCGCAGCGUCCUCCAACCGAGUGUCACUCCAACCGCAUCGGUGUCCCCUCCGGAUUGCGACACUCCCGUCGGUGAAGAGGCCAAUGACCUCUCGGACAACUGUAUUCAACGCUACCGGAACGUGUUCCAGGCCAUUUCCGGUGGGAGUAAGCCCACUCAGCAGGACGGAGGAAACCGGGUGAAUCCUCGCAAGAACUCCCGGAAGCGUCCACCGGGAUUCCCGGACGAUAUGCUUCUGGACAAAGCUUCUCCGGUUGAUCUGCGCUCCGGACCGACGACCCCAUCGUAUGAAAUCGACUACGAUAACAGCAAGAAGGAAGACCAAAGAUACCUAAAGGAUGAUGCCCCGAUCAACCUGAGCAAACGGAAGAACGACUACCGGGAGAGUCCGAUACCGGAGAUGAACAACGGGAACAAACUCCCGAGCAAUCUGUUCAAUCACUGUGAUCCGGACGAGAUGAGUCAACGAAUGGAUGGUUGUGGUGGUGGUAGUGGUGGCGGAGGGCUUCCUCAGACGGUGUCCCUGCUGGACAAGGAAGCCGAAAGAUAUUUGCUCAAACCCAAGAGGGAACGACUCGAUCCGGAGCCCGGUCUCUUCGACUACAAACCGGAAGUAUUGAAACCCAAGCUCAGUCUGUAUCAAUCGCCAAGUCCGCACCACAGUCCGGAUGACAAGCAGCAGAUGCUAAACGACGCAGGCUAUGGGCUACCGCAACCCUUCUUCAUAAAGAAUCCAGACGCCCACGGAAGUCCGAUUCAGCCACCGGGUUUGCCCGUACCGUUCAACAGUAGUGCCAUGCUGGACAACAUGAACCGCCAUCUGAUGCGACAGCAACAGCAAAUGAAUGCAAGCGUUCCAACCGGAAGCAGUAAAAAGGACAAAUCGGCCAACCAGCUGGCCAUGGAUUUGAAUGCGGCCGAUCUGAACUCCUCGCGACGAUCCGGCUCCGACAAAAAUCACAUCAAACGGCCGAUGAAUGCGUUCAUGGUGUGGGCCAAAGACGAACGGCGCAAAAUCCUCAAGGCCUGCCCUGACAUGCACAAUUCCAACAUUUCCAAGAUCCUGGGGGCUCGCUGGAAGGCGAUGACCAACCUGGAGAAGCAACCCUACUACGAGGAACAGGCUAAGCUAUCGAAGCAACACAUGGAAAAACAUCCGGACUAUCGGUACCGGCCGCGGCCCAAGCGAACCUGCAUCAUCGACGGCAAGAAGAUGCGCAUCUCCGAGUACAAGGUGCUGAUGAAGAGUCGAAGGCAGGAGAUACGACAAUUUUGGACCCGAGACUACGACGGAGCCAGCGACCAGGGCUAUCCGCCCGAGAAGUCCGGUAAGAUAAUCAAAAACGAAGCCAUGUGAGACGAGGCCGGGUGGGACUUGGGACACUUUGGGAUGUGAAUGUUUUGGGGUGGGGUAAUGGAAAAUUGAUUUCUUUUUAAAGAAAAUAAAUAUUUGGAAGGAUAAAGCAA